UUGGAAAGCUAACAUCACCUCUCCUCCCACUCAGGUGGCUCCAGACUUUUUUGAGUAUUUCCGGGCCCUGUAUCCCAUCCUGCGCUCCGACCCCAGCCUGUGGUGCGUCUCCGCCUGGAACGAUAACGGCAGAGACGCUCUGAUCGACCCCUCCAAAUCCCAGCUCCUCCACAGGACAGACUUCUUCCCCGGCCUGGGUUGGAUGCUGCUGAAGGAGCUGUGGGACGAACUGGAACCAAAAUGGCCUUCAGCCUUCUGGGACGACUGGAUGCGUCAACCUGAGCAGCGUAAAAACCGCUCCUGCAUACGACCGGAGAUCUCCCGGACCAUCACCUUUGGCAGGAAAGGUGUCAGUUUAGGUCAGUUCUUUGACCAAUACCUUCGCUAUAUUCGGCUGAACAUGGAGUUUGUGCCUUUCACCAAACAGGAUCUGUCUUUCUUGCUGAAGGAGAAGUACGAUCCAAUGUUUAUUCGGGAGGUUUAUAGCGCCACAUUGGUGAAGAUGGAAGACCUUCAGCAUGGGGGGAGUCUGAAAGGACCCGGGCCGUACAGGGUGCAGUACUCCAGCAGAGACAGUUUUAAAGUCUUUGCUAGAAAUUUGGGAGUGAUGGACGACUUAAAAUCUGGAGUUCCUCGCACCGGUUACAGAGGCGUAGUCAGCUUCCUGCACCGAGGCCGGAGGGUCUUCUUAGCUCCACCGGAGGGCUGGACGCAGUACGACUCCAGCUGGAGCUGAGGGUUCUCCAGAAAACGCUGUUAAAGACUAAACCCUCAGACCAAAGAAGAAUUCCUGCAGUGAGGGUAGCGGUGAGACCGCUCAUCAACAGAAAACAAGGCUGUUCACCUGUUACCGACAGGACCGCCACGCAGAGGAGACGAAUUUUAUAAACACUGGUGACGUGCCUUGCUUUCUGGACUCUGUUCUCGUGUUUAAAUGGAAGCCAGAACGUUGCAGAUAUCUGCCGCAGCUCCAGGUGGAAGAAGGAAGUCAUGGAGCGAAACCCGGGAAUUAAAAAGAGGCACGAAGGGUAGAGUCAGAGGGAAGCACUUAGGGAGAUUAAACUACUUUAUGUUUUGUUUUUAAAGAAUAUUGAUCCCAUUAAGAUUCAGUGUCAUUUGGAGGAAACGGCAUCACUAAUGAUCCAAAUGAGUUUAAUCCACAAUGAGAAGGAAAAACCUCAACCAGGUUAUUAAAGGAAAACAUGCCUUUGAUCUGAAGUUGGUGAGUUUACACUAAUGAUGGGGGGGGCAGAAACACUAACUUUCUCUCAUCUAGCAGCACUAAGUUUGGACUAAACCACCUGAGUUCCUCAGUGCUUCACUAAUAAACCAAGUUAGCUGAUAAAUGGAUGUUUCUGAUUCAGAAAGCAGAGAAGGAAAAGUUCCAUCAGCAGGAUCAUAAGGAUCCAGAUCCUUCUGCUCAGUUAGGACAGUCUGACUCCUUUACUGCUCACCCGUUUCUAUAGGAAACCACCGGUAGUCUGUCCUUUUCAAUCAGGCUUGUUCCAGCAGGAAAUGCUCCAAAAGAUGCCAGAGACUAAUAACUGCGGCUCAGAAGGUCUAAAAGUGAGCCGCCGCCACGUUAACGACAAAAUUAUGGAGGGAAUCUCCUUCCAUUAUUGUUGCUAGUAAAGAAAAAAAUGCAUUCGAGUAAUAAAACUUAUUUAAGAGAAGUUUAAGCUGGUUUUUCUGAUUUUCUUUUUUUCCCUCCUUAUAAUUAUUCUUAAACAUUUGUUUAUAGAUAUUAUCUUUAUAUAUAUAUUUUUUCAUAUUGUUUUAUGACGUUUUCUUCUGAAAAGGCGUUUUACGGAUCGCAUUCUCUUCCAAUGAGCCCGAUAUGGACGCUCUCUGUCGACCAAUAGAAAUGCUUCCUCAUUUGACCCCAGGAGUAAAGAGGAUGUGUAAAAUCUGUAAAAGGCAGUUUAAAAAGCUCUAAGUGUAAAAAAGAACAGUGAUACAAUGAAGUAAAGUUCUUUUGAAAAAAUGUAAUCUGAGAAAACUGCAAAGAUCCAAAAAAAAAGAAAAAAAAAAAACGUUUCUUUAAAUAAGACGUUUUUUAAAUGUUUCUAGUUUAUUAUUUUUGUUUCUUUGCUUGCAAAUGGUGCUAAUUUCUCUCCGUACUAAACCCAGACC